UUAUCAUCUUCACAAUUCGCACACAGUUUCCACUUUUGCACAAAUUUGUACCUAAAAUUUAGGUUCUUUGUAUACGUAAUUUAGAACAGUGAUUUUUAUAACCCAAAAAUGGACGCCGGUGGGGAAAACGAGGAAGUGGACUUCCUGUUCGAUAUGGUGAUCACCAGUUUGGAUUUGUACAAGCCGGUCGCGGAACCCGAAAAAUGCGAUGUUCUAGUCAGGUUUGCCGGUAGAAGUAUGAAAAUCACGCCCAGUCGAAUAAACGUAAGGGAUUUCGUGAACAAUCGGCAGAAUGAGUUCACUUGCACUCCGUCAACGAUGCGAGAAUUCCUGAGUACCGAAGGAAUGCAAAUUUCCGCUCGUUACGGAGGAUCUUCCUUGGGCACGAAUAAAUUUUUCCUGCCGGACACCUUCGUGGAUAAGGUCUAUUCCAACAUGAAUGAUCUCUUGUACGAGGACACCAUCCUCCUGAUGCGCAGAAUCGAUUGCAUUGGUUCCAUCGGAUUCCUUUUUGUGCUGACUGUAAAGUGCUUGGAUUUAGAGGCUCUUCAAGAGAAGCGAAGAUCGAGUUCCCGCAGAACGUCGCGUAAAUCAUCCAUUAAGGAGAUCCCUCCAAAGAAGGAAGAGGAAAAGGCAGAGUGCCAACGACUGGGACCCACAUUCAAUCCGCAGGAUGUGAUGUUCGUCGUCGGUGACCCCGAUCCCCUGCUGCAGAUUCCAUCGCAACCUUGUUCCGAACUUGCUCCUGAGGAAGGAGAUGAACGACUGGAUCUGGACUUGCAGCGCUACAAAAGCAGGGAGAAUCGUCGUGCGAUCUUCCCGUAUGAUGAUCCCUGUCCCAAGGAGAAACCUUCCCUUACGAAGCUUAAGCAACUCACUCAUGAAUACUCGCAGAUCAUUGGCUUGGUAACCGAUAAAGUUAAACGGUUGGACGGACUCUCAAGUCCACCUGAAAUUACAGAACCUCUUUCGAAAAAGAAAUCUCCUCUGAGGACCCAAAAGGAAGCCUUAGAUGAGCGCUUUAUACCCGUUCCCAUCAGAGAUGAUACCGAAAAUAAUGUGAAACCCAUACGUUUUUGUCCCGUUUGCCUGUAUUCAAUGUCCUGGCUGCCGAAGUAUAUUCCCUGUCCUCGGUGCAAAGUCAAAGCUCGUCCUGUGCUAACAGGACAUCCAAAGAAGGUAUUAACGGCCGAUGAAAUCGUAAAGGAGGUGCUGACUAAGCCUCGAAAGCCCGAAGAUUCAGAUGAUAAUUGCGCAAUAACCUGCAAGCGAAAAAGUGGUUACCGAAGUGGUAAAAAAAAGAAAAAGUUUACAACUGAAUUGGGUGUUCCGAUUCCGGAAUCGGAAUCGGAUGAGGAGUGUCCUCCAUGUCGUUGCACUUGCACAGUGGGCCAAAUUUGUGCCCAUUGUCGCAUUCGCAAAUUGUGUGCGGACAUUUUUGAGAGCGACGCAAAAAAGGUGCCAGAAGACGACCAACACAUAAAAGUGCCGCUGCCAAAUUCAGAAGAGGACUUCUGCGUGAUCCCAGAACCCAUCGACGAUCGUCCCUAUUUGUCAAGAGUUUUCUGCGAACUCAAGUAUCUGUACAACCUACACGACACCAAAAAGCUGGAUAUCCAGAAACACUGCGAUUCACAGACAUUGCUUCCUUAUCGCUCCACGAAGUCUACGAUAGCCCUUAAACAUUCUCCAGAUGGAUUGGAUCAUAUUCCCGGGCAAUUUGGUCGCCUGGGAGCGGGUCACAAAAGCUGUCUGCCAGUUUCAAAUUCGGUUCCUCGUCGUCAUGGUUGGAAUUGGCCCAGUUCCAGGGAGGCCAGGAAGUUUGGUUGGCGACCAGGAGCCAUUAUGCGAGCUGCCGGUGAAGUGAUGAGGUACUUCCUCUUCAGAAAAGAGGAAGCAGCCUUGUGUAAAAAUAUUAUGGCUGAUCACGAAGCACGGGAGCGGGAUCGUCUGCCAGUUCUGAAUAUUUGCAAGAAGAAUGGCGUGAUAUUCGUUACCUUAAAUCCCCUUGCCUCAUCGAAUAUCAAACAGAACCCCAUCACCUUCAGGAUUGUGAAGAGCGAUUUGGCAGUGGCUUUACGCCAGAUUAAAAGAUCUCUGAAGGAUCAGGGCUUCCGGAAGUGCGACUGCCACAAGUCCCUAAUGCUGUGCACCUGUCGCGAUGCCUGGGAGAAGUUCGAGCUCAACAAGGCCUUGAGAAUUGAGUGCCAGAAGCGAAUCAUGGAACCCUGCCCCGAGCACUUGGUACUCACCGAUACGAGUGUCAGCGAUUUGGAGUUCGAUCUGAACGUAACACCACCAGCUGGAACUGGGAAGUCGAAGAGGAAAGCGCUGCGAAAUGUGGAUAACCAUGGCACCCAGACAGGGGACAAGAACGAACGGCAGAUACCCCCAAAAUAUCCCGUGCCCGAUAGUCCCUACUGGAGAGCCUUCGAUUGUGCCGCUGGAGAUCGCUACAUGGGAACAGCUUUUGGCAGCAAUGUAGAAACCGUUUUCGAGGACGGAGUAUUCGGCUACGAAGGCGGUGGUCAGCAUGGGAAGGCCCCCGUUCGUCGGAACCCAAAGGUUUGGGGCAAACGAACCGGAGCACCGAUGCCAAUUGGAACUACCCGAGAUUCCAUCAAUCCAUAUCGGUUUACACGAACUGUUUGGAAGGGACUUCCAAAGAAGAUUAUUUACCAAAUGUGCACGAAUCGCAAACUAUAAAACUUUUUACAAUAAGUAUUACAUCUCCAGUAUCUGAUGGAAUUUUAUCAGCAAUGUGAAACCAAAUUGAAAUAUAUUACUUGUGUAUAUAAAAAAGUAUACAUAACAAA